GUCAUAUGAGGAGACCGGAAUAAACAUUGGUCCUGUAUCAGCUUUGCAGGCUCAUAAUAAUUGAACAAAAGUUGGUUUAAAUGAUGUAAUUUAUGCUGAUACGAAUGUAGUUCUCACCUAAACGUGAUUCAAUAUGUCGCUGACGUUACUCCGAACAGUUUGCCGACAGCAGAAUCUGCUACAAAAACAAACAACGUUUGUAUGCAGGCGACUGUGUCACCAGCAAGAUCAGCAGGAAAACGGGAAAAAACAUGACACGAAGGAAAAACUUGCUAUAAAAUACAGCAGAGAGAACGUGAAAAGGAACGUCCAGGGUUAUGUGUUCUCUCGAUUUUUUGAUUACGUUAAAAAUUAUGACAAAGUUCUGGAAAAAAAGUUUCCCUCCGCAAUGCACGUUUAUCGUGUAUUUCUAGUCGGAGUCAAAGAGUUCUUCAAUGAUAUGAAAAAGCUAGUCAAAAUAACAAAGAUUGUUUAUUCGAACGAUAGUGACCUCCGAUGUCUAACACGGAAGGAGAUCGAACUAUAUUACCAAAUGCCUAGAGACAUGAAGAAGGUUGCACCUGUGUUGUUGAUUUCAGCCCUACCGUUUGCAAACUAUGUUAUAUUUCCAUUGGCAUACAUGUACCCUCGAACCUUUCUCACAUCCCAUUUUUGGUCGAUUCAGCAAAAAGUUGAUUUUGCCCAACAAGACCUAAGACAAAGAUUGGCCUACAACCGACGAGUAUUUCGGUGUAUGCAGGCUAAACUAGACGUAUUGAAGAAGAUACAAGAUCCACAACAUGAAAAAUUCAGUUAUAUUUUGGGUCUUCUAGGAAGUGGCUUACAUCCCACAUCAGACGAAAUUCUCAAUGUCAAAGAUCUUUUUACUCGGUCCCCUCUGUGUCUUCGUUCUUUGAAUUCUGUCCAUCUAAAAUAUCUGUGUCGAUUACAUGACAUUCACGCUGGACUGAUGAGACGAUUUCGCUUAUCGGAGCGAGCCUAUGUAAUACAUCACAUGGACCUAGCAAUUAAACGCGAAGGUGGAGUUCACAACAUGUCUAUUGAGACACUAAAGCAUGCUUGCUUCCUUCGGGGCUUAAAUUCUACGAAUUUGAGCACUGAAAGUAUGGUGGAAUGGUUGAACGAAUGGGUCAAAGUGUCCUUAAUCAUUAACCAAGACAAUGUUAGCCUGUUUCUCCAUCUGCCAAUUCUUCUUUCUUAUAAUCAUCCCAAUAAUUGGAUUUUAAACCACUAGAAACCUAAUGAAAUUAAUUGGUCUUAUUCUGAGUAACGACGUAUUGAUUUUUAAACGAUUUUUAUUUAUAUUCAUAAGGAUAGAAGAAUCAAGGUCUUGGAUUCGAUAAAAAAAAUCAACACGCCAAUUCAGAAUAAGGGCUACUAUCUGUUCCUGUUGAGUUUUUUUUUCUUCCGAUUGAAAUAAAUAAUUUUGAGUAACUA